AUGAGUAAGAGCAGAGCAGCAGAAUUAUUGCGGCAGGCAGCAGAUGCCUUGCUGCAGGAUACUACUAAUAGUAACAUGAGUAAUGCCAAUGCAGCAGCAUCUGCUACCAGUACAGCUGUAACAGCUGCAACAAGGACCCUUUUUGCCCCAUACAGACACCCUGUCACGACCAGGCGGAGAGCUCAGACUGAUUUAGCCCCAAGCAGAGAGCAAAAGCACCUACUUCAAAAAAGUGGUUUGGGGGAAAAGAAAAUAACUUUUGUGAAGAAUUCGGACCCAACAGCAUUCAAAUUGAAACUGGAAGAAAGUUUUCCAAGUCUUAAAAAUUGUGGUGGUUUCGAACUAUUAAGGUCAUCGCCAAAAAGCAGACUCAGUCUGGAGGUGAUUGAAAUCCCUUCUGGAGGGUACAACACUGAUUUCCUUAGUGACUGCAGUGGCCUAUUCCAGGCCCUUUGUUAUAUAAGACCUAUUCAGCAGGAUAUAGUGCUGAAUGAAAUGAGUGUUAAGGUUGCUGACGAUGGACUGUUAGAAGUUUGUUUGUGUUGUGGUGGGAGUUUUCCUCUGAGGCAGCUACGAGAACACACCCUAGAAUGUCAAGGAGAUACUAAAGUAUGUGUUAAAGUAAAUUUUUUAUCCCCCCGCCAAAGGCGAAGGAGAUAUUAG